GCCAUCACCUGAUCUGUCUCCUCUUUCUUUCUCUUUCUCUCUCUCUCACUAGAAGAUAAAAAGAACACAAAGAUUCUCUCUCUCUAAGAUGGUCACGUGUUGUGUUCUUUUCCAACUAAACCCAAACCAUCUCUCACUUUACAAAACUCUUUCAAACCCUGUUUCAUCCUCCUCAAAACUGCCCAUUAAUUAGGAAUCUCAUUCAACCUUCUUCAUCUUCCCAUGGAGUUUACUACCAAAAGUCAACCUUUUGAUCAGCCUCAGGCUUCACUUCGAAGCCGCUUUUUCCUUCACCUAAUCAUGUUCCUCCUUUUCUUUGUUUCUACCGGAUCAAGCCAAGCCUGGGACGGUGUAGUGAUCACACAAGCUGACUACCAAGGUCUCCAAGCGGUCAAGCAAGAGUUUAUUGACCCAAGAGGCUACUUGAGAAGCUGGAACGGUUCUGGUUUAAAUGCUUGCUCCGGAGGUUGGGCUGGAAUCAAAUGUGCCCAAGGUCAAGUAAUAGUGAUUCAGCUUCCAUGGAAGUCUCUUGGAGGUAGAAUCUCUGAGAAGAUAGGACAGCUUCAAGCUCUACGUAAGCUUAGUAUCCAUGACAACAACCUAGGAGGCUCUAUCCCAAUGUCUUUAGGACUCAUUCCUAAUCUCAGAGGAGUUCAGCUUUUCAACAACCGUCUUUCCGGCUCCAUCCCUGCUUCUCUAGGUCUCUCUCGUUUCCUUCAAACCCUUGAUCUCAGCAGUAACCUUCUUUCUCAAGCUAUUCCACAGAAUCUUGCUGACUCUACUAAGCUUCUUAGGCUUAACCUCAGCUUCAACUCACUCUCUGGUCAAGUCCCAGUGAGUCUCACUCGUUCUUCUUCUCUUCAGUUUCUUGCCCUUGACCACAACAACCUCUCUGGUCCAGUCUUAGACACUUGGGGUAGUGCUAAUAACACUUCUCCUAAUCUCCGUGUCUUGUCUCUUGACCACAACUCUCUCACUGGUCCAUUCCCAUUUUCACUCUGCAAGUUACUUCACCUACAAGUCUUCUCCCUUAGCCAUAACAGGAUCGGUGGAGCCCUACCUUCUGAGUUAAGCAAACUCACUAAGCUUAGAACAAUGGAUGUUAGUAGUAACAGUGUCACUGGCCAGAUUCCUGAAACUCUAGGGAACAUUUCUUCUCUUACACAUCUUGAUUUGUCUCGAAACAUACUCACCGGAGCGAUACCUGUUUCAUUGACUGAUCUCAAAAGCCUUACCUUCUUCAAUGUCUCUUACAACAACUUAUCUGGACCUGUUCCUACACUCUUAUCCCAAAAGUUCAGUUCCUCCUCUUUUGUCGGAAACUUGCAGCUUUGUGGAUACAGCGUUUCCACCUUGUGUCCUACUCUAAAUCCUCCUUCAUCGUCUCCUCGUAGGAGUAUGAGUACCAAAGACAUCCUCCUCAUUGCUUCUGGAGCACUCAUCAUAAUUCUGGUUAUCCUUGUAUUUGUUCUCAUCUGUUGCUUGCUGAGGAAGAAACAAGACAAAUCCAAACCUAAGGGCCUAGAGGCAGGACAAGGAGCUGCAGCUGCAAAGACGGAGAAAGGAGGGGAAGCUGAAGCUGAAGGAGGAGACCCCGGAGGGAAGCUAGUUCACUUUGAUGGGCCAAUGACGUUUACAGCAGAUGAUCUUCUGUGUGCAACAGCAGAGAUUAUGGGGAAAAGUACUUAUGGAACAGUUUACAAAACUACACUCGAAGAUGGAAAUCAAGUUGCAGUGAAGAGGUUGAGAGAAAAAAUCACCAAAAGUCAGAAAGAGUUUGAGAAUGAGAUUAAUGUAUUGGGACGAAUCAGACAUCCGAACCUUCUUGCACUUAGAGCUUAUUACUUGGGACCCAAGGGAGAGAAGCUUGUGGUCUUUGAUUACAUGACUAGAGGCAGUCUUGCCACUUUCCUCCAUGCAAGGGGACAAGAUGUUCGUAUCAACUGGCCUACAAGGAUGAGCUUAAUAAAAGGAAUGGCUCGUGGGUUGUUCUACCUUCACACGCACGCAAAUCUCAUCCAUGGAAACCUAACAUCAAACAAUGUACUUUUGGAUGAGAACCUCAACGCAAAGAUCUCAGACUACGGUCUUUCAAGACUAAUGACAACAGCUGCAGGAUCAAGCGUGAUUGCAACAGCUGGAGCAUUAGGUUACAGAGCACCUGAGCUUUCGAAGCUGAAGAAAGCCAGCACGAAAACCGAUAUGUAUAGCCUUGGUGUGAUCAUAUUGGAGCUUUUGACUGGCAAGUCUCCGAGCGAGGCUUUGAACGGUGUGGACUUGCCUCAGUGGGUUGCUGCUGCGGUCAAAGAAGAGUCGACUAAUGAGGUUUUUGAUGUGCAGCUGUUGAAUGAUGUGAACACUGUGGGAGAUGAGAUGUUGAAUACGCUUAAACUGGCUUUGCAUUGCGUGGAUCCUGCACCGUCAGUACGACCUGAAGCUCAACAAGUUAUGACACAACUCAGAGAGAUUAGACCUGAAGAGACGUCAGCAACAACAUCUGAACCGUUGAUUGAUGUUCCUGUAGCUUCUGCUUCCACAAGUUAAUAGAUAAAGAGUGGAGAGUUUUGGUAGUUGAUGCAAUUCUUUGAUUCUUCAAGUAGUUUUGAAUUUUUAGCCAUUUUGUCUUUAGUUUGUCUGUAUAUUGGCUAUGCUUCACUGUCAUCAAACAGAGUUCUCUGUUUUGUCAAUCUUGACUCGAAAGACAUGAUAUAAAUUCAAAG